AUGGUUGGUAUAACUGAUGACAAAGGUAAACAAGUAAUGUUAUGUGAUAGUGAAGAUAGUGAAGAUGAUGAUUUUCCACCAACCACCGAUGAAAGAAUCAUAAGAGCACUUGUUGUGCACCAUGAUGAUCACAUUGUAAAGACUCAUGAAGUUAUGUUGAAUACACUUGAUGUGGAAACUCAUUCAGUGAAAACUAGCCAAGAAGCUAUGAAAUUAAUUUGUGUUGAGGAAGUCUACGAUUUAAUUCUCCUUGCUAGGUAUUUACCUAUCAUUGAUGGAGUUCAGAUGACGAAGAUGCUGCGAGACAUGGAGUAUCCAACAACGAUUGUUGGCGUGACGCGCCUCCUUACAGAAUCACAGCGGGAAGAUUUUUUUAGUGCAGGGCUAGAUGGUUGCUUUGAUAACGAGAGACCCUUGACAGAUAAAACGCUUGCAGUCAUUGUUGAAAGUAUUCCCCGUCGCCAAACCUGGAAGAAAAGAAAUAUUUAUAGUACAAUUUACCAAUCUUUUUGA